CCGGUCCGGUCUGCAUCGAAGCCGCCUCCGCCUAUGUAAGACGUUGGGCAAGCAAACGAAGCGCUCGAAGCUGGUGUUUGCGGAGAAGAUCCGGGAAUAGGGGAUGGAGAAGGCGUCCUCGAUUCUUGCCUCCAUUUUUGGCUCGCGGGAGUCGGCGGCCACCGUCGCCUCAAUCUACGUCUACCCGAUCAAGUCCUGCCGUGGCAUCUCUGUUCCUCGAGCUUGCGUCACCUCCACGGGACUUCGAUGGGAUCGGCAGUGGUUGGUUGUGAACUCAAAUGGAAGGGCAUACACUCAAAGAGUUGAACCAAAGCUUGCUUUGGUUGAGGUAGGGCUGCCGAUGGAUGCCUUCAGGGAAGAUUGGGAGCCAAAUGAUACCUCAUAUAUGGUUAUAAAGGCUCCUGAAAUGGAGACACUAAAGAUUCCUCUGAGUAGAGUGUGUGAUGUAAUUAAUGACAUCUCUGUCUGGGAAUGGUCUGGUUCGGCAUUUGAUGAAGGCAAUGAAGCAUCUGAGUGGUUUACGAAGUAUCUCGAAAAACCAAGUCGUCUAGUGCGUUUCAAUACUGCAUCAGAAAUUAGAGCAGUGGAUCCCAACUAUGCUCAGGGAUAUAGAACCGUGUUCUCUGAUGGGUUUCCAUUCUUAUUGGCAUCCCAGGGAUCAUUGAAUGCUUUGAAUGAGCUUCUGGAAGAACCAUUACCAAUUAAUCGCUUCAGAGCAAAUAUCCUUGUCGAUGGAUGUAAUCCAUUUUCAGAGGACCUGUGGAAAGAAAUAAAAAUAAACGAGUUGACAUUUUAUGGUGUCAAAUUAUGCUCACGUUGUAAGGUACCAACUAUCGACCAAAAUAAUGGAACUGCCGGGGAUGAGCCAACACAAACUCUAAUGAAGUUUCGAUCAGAUCAUGCUUUGCAUUUAAAGAAAAAGCAGGGGAAGGUUUUCUUUGGACAGAAUUUGGUCUGCAAAUAUUCACUCUCAGCAACAGGCAGGGCCAAAGCUGUCGCGGUUGGGGAUCCAGUUUUUGUUCAACAGAAGUUUUCUUCUUCUGCUGAUGCACCAAUCUAAUCAUCCAAGAACUUCAAUUCGAGGUAAUUGAGAUGAUGUUAUGAUGCUGAAGAACUUCUAUAACAAUACCUAUCUAAAUAUGUAUCUACUCUGUAGUGUAUGGAUAGAUCAGAAAAGAAGGUAAAAUUAAAGACUGCACUAAAAUGCUUGUCAUUAUGGCAAUUUAUGUAGCAAUUUGGCUUUCAGAGCCUUCUGUA